AUCAGCCUUGCCUCAGUAGGGUGGCUAACAUGGCGCCAACUACUGACGCAGAGUCUGUCGACUACUAUGAAUUGCUGGCAAUCCCAGCAACCGCAUCCGAGUCCGAAAUUCGUCGUGCAUAUCGAAAAACGUCCCUUCUGUACCAUCCUGACAAAGUCAAACCAACCCCAGAGAACUUGGAUAAAUUUCAGCUUCUGCAGACUGCGAUCAAUAUCUUGACCGAUGCCGCGGAAAAGUCGAAAUAUGACCAAACUCGAGAAGCCAGACAGCGGCGUCUGGCAGAGACAGCUGCCUUGGAAAGUCGACGACGGAAGAUGAAGGAGGAUUUGGAGAAAAGAGAGGGCACCGUAACGGGAAUGCCGACUACGGUGAAUGGCACGAAGAGGACAUGGAGCGAUCGGGAACUCGAAAUCAAGCGGAUAGCGGAAGAAAACCGCAAAAGAAGAGAGGCAAUAGUCGCACAAAAGGCACAAGAAGCGCAGACCAGAGCUGAGGCUCAGGCGCAGGAACCGCCUUCUGAUUCCAUCAACCGAUCCAUCAAGGUCCGUUGGAUCAAGGAAGGUGAGGGACUGGAUAUCGAUCAGGACGCCCUUGAACAGAACUUCCCGGCAGGCGAUAUCGAAAACGUGCUCAUCCUCAAGGACAAAAAGCGUCGCAUUGAUGGCAGGGAGAAGAAAGUCUUGCUUGGAACUGCGGUUAUUGUGUUCAAGUCUGUCGCUCUCGCGAAGAAGGUGAUCUGUCAGGGACCCUGGGAAGACAUUGAAAGCGUGGAAUGGGCAGCAGCGAAAGAACCAGAUGGAACUUAAGGCGCAGCGAAUCCGAAGACAUAAAUAACAACCACCAACACUCCCACGGGUAAGGUACUCAGAGCGUUUGGAUCACUCGACACCUUCUUGCUACCGUCAACCGAACAACUAAGCCGGCCGUCAGCACGUGGAUUUCGGUACUGGAUCAGAGCUGUAGUACAUCCCAUGUGGUGUACUUUUGGCGAUUCAGACCUGCCAUAUAUCAGCUUCCUCAUCUCGAAGGUCCCGUUCCGCGCUCAGAAUCUACAGAGUCUCUGUAGAAGGCAGAGUCUGAGCGCCGCCAAGGAUUCCAUGGUUGGCAAGCUCUCAGCAAGGGCAUGGAGGCCCUAACAGGCUCAGCUAUUCUUACUGAAUAGUUGAUAGGACCAUCAACCUUUUCGGUUGCCGGAGUUGCUGACGGAUGCUAGCUGUACGGAGCGACUCGCUGCCUCGGUGAGGACGGAAUGUCAUGCCAGACUCUGAAAUCCCUCUGACUUCCAGUCCCGACAUUAUUCUCCUAGGAAAGCGAAGUGUAAGUCGCCCAGCUCGCUAGUUCGAAUGGGAAUAUUAUUGUCAUGCUAGUAAGACCCUUCCAAAACACUGUCGCAUAACCUCAGUUGGUCGAUACCUCGCUUUCCGGGAUUUUCUGCUUCACCGACCCUAUGCGAGAUCCCACAGAUUCUGCCACAUCCUCAGCCAGUCAACCCACAAUCCCUCUAGCGAUAAAAUAUCCAGUCUUGCCGAAAUGGACACAAAAAAGAACAAAGAGCCUCGGAGCGAAAUGAACUGGCAAAAAGUCUAGUUGGAGAGGAGACUGGCUCCUCUCUUACCUCUCCCGACUAUGAACACCUUUCACUACCUGUCCACUCUGUCUAGCAUCAGGUUACUUGGUGUUCAUGGAGACCUGCAACGGAAGAAUGACUCCCAGUUCAAUCCAUCAAGCCGUUGAGCUUAUGGUCUCCAAGGAAAGGCCCACCAACCGGACCACGCAAACAGCGAUUCGACGUGGAGAGUCUUAAAGAUGGCCAUCAAGGCUGAAUUGCAACAGAAAAUUGCGCGACUUCGAAAUAUAAACCCAAAAAGGCAUGAGCUAGCCAAAGGGGGGAUUAUGGGGCAAUGGUAGUGAAUGACUGCUGGUGCCCUCCAGGUCAAAAUACUGCUCACACAUGCGAGUAAAUCCUUUGGAUAGUUCUGAGGCGGACUCAACGUUUACAACGGGCAAGAACGUCGCUCAUCCUGCAACAAGAUAAGGUAGUAUACGUAGUACAGAGUCAGUCAACAUCCUCAUAGUCG